AUGGCGGACGGCAGAGCUCGUACGGCGACGUUUCCGGUGUUCUUCUUCAACGGCGAGAGGGAAGCAAACGUCGGCGACGUCGAGAUUUACCCGGCGCUCGAGUACAAGUCAUUCCAGCUGAUGCUAAGCCAGAAGAUCGGUGUCUCGCCCAACCAGAUCUCGACCUACCUUGUCGACUGGAAGAACACCGCCCGCUCUCCGUUCGCCGGAGAUCGCCACCGGACUCCUAUCACCGGGAAGACCGACUUCGCCUCGCUGUGCCGCCGGAAGGACUGCUGCUUCCUCUCCAUACUCAAGCGGUCGCGGAAAGCCAGAGGCCGCAGGGGGAGGUCCAUCGACCGGUUCGCCGCCGUCGAAUUUUCUCCGGCGCCGGAGGAUCUGGUUAUUCUGAGGAAGGGACGAGCUAUAGGGUCGCUGGAGGUGGGCGAUUUCGCAGGAUAUUUUGUGGAUCCGCCGGUUGUAAAUUCGGGUCUCGAUGACCCGGAUCCGGAUUCGCAUAUUGGCGGGUGCGGUGCUUUCUGCAAAGAGUGCUGGAUGGCGACGAGGAUGGGUUAUACGGCGCCGUUUCAUCCAUGCGUGAAGGACCCGGUUAUAACCCGGUUCGAGACCCGUUUGGGGCCCAUUAACAGGCCCAGUAACCCGCAGGCUGUGGCGAUUGGCGUGUAG